AUGCCCCGGGCGCCGCUCCUGCGGCUGCUGCUGGCGGUCUGCGCGGUGGCGGCGGCGGCCGGCGAGCCCGGGCCCGCGCUGCCGCUCCCCACGGGGGACGCCACCCUGGCCAUCGUCUUCGACGUCACCGGCUCCAUGUGGGACGACCUGAUGCAGGUGCUCGACGGCGCCUCACGCAUCCUGGAGAGCAGCCUGAGCCGCCGCAGCCAGGCCAUCGCUAACUACGCGCUGGUGCCCUUCCACGACCCAGAUAUAGGCCCGGUGACCCUCACGGCAGACCCAGUGGUGUUUCAGAGAGAGCUGAGAGAACUCUACGUGCAGGGAGGCGGUGACUGCCCAGAGAUGAGUGUGGGGGCCAUCAAGGCUGCUGUGGAGGUGGCCAACCCCGGCUCCUUCAUCUACGUCUUCUCGGACGCCCGCGCCAAGGAUUACCACGGGAAGGAGGAUGUCCUGCGGCUCCUGCAGCUGAAACAGUCCCAGGUGGUCUUUGUGCUGACAGGAGACUGCGGUGACCGCACUCACCCCGGCUACCUGGCCUACGAGGACAUCGCCGCCGCCAGCUCCGGGCAGGUGUUUCACCUGGACAAGCAGCAGGUGACCGAGGUGCUGAAGUGGGUGGAGUCAGCGGUCCAGGCCUCCAAGGUGCACCUGCUGUCCACAGACCACCCGGAGGAGGGCGAGCACACGUGGAGGAUUCCCUUUGACCCCAGCCUGAAGGAGGUCACCAUCUCCCUGAGCGGCCCGGGUCCCGAGAUUGAAGUCCGUGACCCGCUGGGGAGGAUCCUGCAGAAGGAUGAGGGCCUCAACGUACUUCUCAACAUCCCUGACUCUGCCAAGGUUGUGGCCUUUAAGCCUGAGCAUCCUGGGCUGUGGUCCAUCAAGAUCUACAGCAGCGGUCGCCAUUCGGUGAGGAUCACAGGCGUCAGCAACAUCGACUUCCGAGCCGGCUUCUCCACCCAGCCCUCUCUAGACCUCAACCACACCAUUGAGUGGCCCCUGCAAGGGGUGCCCAUCUCCCUGGUGAUCAACUCCACGGGCCUGCGGGCACCCGGCCGCCUAGACUCGGUGGAGCUCUCACGCAGCUCGGGGCAGCCCCUCUUGACUUUGCCUGUGCAGCCCCUCUCCAACGAUUCCACCCAUCAGCUCUGGGGCGGACAGCCCUUCCGCGCCCCUCAGGAACGCUUCUACCUCAAGGUGAAGGGCAAAGACCAUGAGGGGAAUCCCCUUCUCCGUGUCUCUGGAGUUUCCUACAGUGGGGUCGUGCCAGGUGCCCCGCUGGUCAGCAUGCCCCCCAGGAUCCAUGGUUACCUGCAUCAGCCCUUGCUGGUCUCCUGCUCUGUACACAGCACCCUCCCCUUCAGGCUACAGCUGCGGCGGAACGGAGCCAGGCUGGGCGAGGAGAGGCAUUUUCAGGUGUCGGGAAACAGUAGCUGGGAGAUCCCACGGGCCUCCAAGACUGAGGAAGGGGCGUACGAGUGUGUGGCGGUCAGCCGGGCUGGGACCGGGCGAGCAAAGGCCCAGAUUGUGGUCACAGACCCCCCACCACAGCUAGUCUCCGCCCCCAACGUGACCGUGUCCCCGGGGGAGACCGCCAUCCUGUCCUGCUGGGUCCUGAGUGAGGUCCCCUACAACCUCACGUGGAUCCGGGACUGGCGGGUCCUGGCGGCCCCGACGGGCAGAGUCACCCAGCUGGCCAACCUGUCCCUGGAGGUCAGCGGCAUCAUCCCCAGCGAUGGCGGACGGUACCAGUGCAUGGCCAGCAACGCCAAUGGGGUCACAAGGGCGUCCGUGUGGCUCCUGGUGCGAGAGGCCCCCCAGGUCAGCCUCCACAGCCGGUCCCAGCGCUUCUCCCAGGGCAUGGAGGUGAGAGUUAGCUGCUCAGCGUCUGGGUACCCCAAACCCCACAUCUCUUGGAGCCGUGAGGGCCAUGCUCUGCAGGAGGACAGCAGAAUCCGUAUGGAUGCCCGGGGAACGCUGAUCAUCCAGGGAGUGGCCCCAGAGGAUGCUGGGAAUUACACCUGCCAGGCUGCUAAUGAGGUUGGCACAGACGAAGAGACAGUCACCCUCUACUACACAGACCCACCGUCAGCCUCUGCUGUAAAUGCCGUGGUGCUGGCCGCCGUCGGGGAUGAGGCCGUGCUGGUGUGUGACGUGUCUGGGGUGCCCCCACCCCGGGUCGUCUGGUAUCGAGGGGGUCUUGAAAUGAUUUUGGGUCCCGGGGGCUCUGGCUCUGGGACGCUGCGGAUCCCGGCAGCUCGGGAGAGGGAUGCUGGCGUCUACACCUGUCGAGCCGUCAAUGAGAUAGGCGAGGCCUCUGCGGAAAUCCGGCUGGAGGUUGGACAUGCGCCCCGGCUGAUGGAGCUGCCGCGGGAUGUCACCGUGGAGCUGGGGAGGAGUGCCCUCCUGACGUGCCGGGCCGUGGGCCGCCCGCCCCCGCUGGUCACUUGGCACCGUGGAGAUGACCAACCGCUGGGGCCCAGGCUGGGCAGCAGGAGCCGGCAGCCUGAUUCAGGAGUGCUGUUCUUUGAAAGUGUGGUCCCUGAAGACCAGGCCCUGUAUGUCUGUGAAGCUCAAAACGUGUUCGGGAAGGUCCGGGCGGAGGCCCGGCUUGUCGUGACUGGACACGCCCCACCGCAGAUCGCCAGCAGUGCCUCCACUGUCCGGGUGCUGGAGAGGCAGCCGGUGUCCCUGCCCUGCGUCAUCUUGGCGGGGAGGCCCCUCCCGGAGCGGCGCUGGCUCAAGGCCGGCCUGCCUCUCCCACCUGGCAGCCGGCAUUCGGUCCGGGCAGAUGGCAGCCUCCACCUGGACCAGGCACUGCAGGAGGAUGCGGGGAGGUACGGCUGCGUGGUCAGCAACACGGCUGGCUCUCAGCACAGGGACGUGGAGCUCAUUGUCCAGGUACCCCCUAGAAUCCAGCCCGUGGCCACCCACCAUGUCACCAAUGAAGGGGUUCCUGCCUCCCUCCCCUGUGUGGCCUCAGGAGUCCCCACCCCCACCAUCACCUGGACCAAGGAAUCCAAUGCCCUGACCUCCAUGGGUCCCCACUACAACGUGAGCCAGGACGGCACCCUGGUCAUCGCCCAGCCGUCUGCCCAGGACGCGGGGGCUUACGUCUGCACAGCCACCAACGCUGUGGGCUUCUCCAGCCAGGAGAUGCGGCUUUCUGUCAACAUUGAACCCAGGAUCCGUGUGAAUGGGUCACGUGAUGCAGACGAGCCUCUGAGAGUCACAGCCAAGGCUGGUGAUGAGGUGACCCUGGACUGCGAGGCCCAGGGCUCCCCAGCCCCGCUGGUCACCUGGACCAAGGACCUCCGCCCUGUGCCCCCCACCACCGACAGGCAUCGCCUCCUGCCGUCAGGCUCCCUGCGUCUGGCCCAGGCCCAGGUCGGUGACAGCGGCCUCUACAGAUGCGUAGCCACCAACCCCGCUGGGUCUGCUUCUCAGCACUACAUCCUCCAGGUGCAAGUGCCCCCGCAGGUGCAGCCGGGCCCGCGGGUCCUGAAGGUGCUGGCGGGAGAGAUUCUGGACCUGAACUGCGUGGCCGAGGGCAGCCCGGAGCCCCGGCUGAGCUGGUCCAAGGACGGGGUGGCCCUGGGCGGCGGGACCCCCGAAGGCUCCGUCCACUUCUCGGCCGUCCAGACCUCUGACGCCGGGCUGUACCGCUGUGAGGCUUCCAGCAGCGCCGGCGUGGACGCCUGGGAGCUGGAGCUCAGGGUGCUGGAGCCGCCGCACUGGGAGCCCGACGAGAGCAGCGGCCUGCUGGAGAGAGUGGCGGGGGACAAUGCCAGCCUGCCCUGUCCUGCCAGAGGGGUGCCCCAGCCGCAGGUCACGUGGCGGAAGGGCCCGUCCUCAGAGCCCCUGCGAGGCCGGCCAGGCCUGGAGGUGCUGGCUGAAGGCUCCCUGCUUCUGGCGUCCGUGUCCCCCACCGACAGCGGAGACUACGAGUGCCAGGCCACCAAUGAGGCGGGCUCUGCGUCCAGGAGGGCCAAGCUGGUGGUCUAUGUGCCCCCUAGCAUCCGGGAGGACGGGCACAGGGCCAAUGUGUCAGGCAUGGCCGGGCAGGCCCUGACUUUGGAGUGUGACGUGAAUGGCUUUCCAGCCCCUGAGAUCGUGUGGCUCAAGGAUGGGCAGCCGAUUCCUGAGGCGGGUGGUCACCGCCUGCUGGACAAGCCCGGGGCCCUCCACUUCCCCAGGAUCCAGGAGGCUGACUCGGGCCUCUACUCCUGCCGAGCAGAGAACCAGGCGGGGACUGCCCAGAAGGACUUCGAUCUGCUCGUGCUCAUCCCUCCUUCCGUGGCGGGAGCCGGGGCCGCCCAGGACGUGCUGAGCCUGGCUGGUGCAGACGUUGAGCUGGAGUGCCGGACCUCAGGGGUCCCCACGCCCCAGGUGGAAUGGACCAAGGACGGGCAGCCUGUCCCUCUGGGGGACCCUCGUGUCCAGCUGCAGGAGGAUGGCCAGGUUCUCAGAAUCACCAGCAAUCACCUGGGGGAUGAGGGGCGGUACCAGUGUGUGGCCUUCAGCCCCGCCGGCCAGCAGGCAAAGGUCUUCCAGCUCAGGAUGCAUGCACCUCCAACCAUCUGGGGCUCCAACGAGACGAGUGAGGUGGCUGUCGUGGAGGGCCACCCGGUGCGGAUCCUGUGCGAGGCCCGAGGAGUGCCCUCUCCCACCAUCACCUGGUUCAAGGACGGGGCCCCUCUCGCGCUCAAUGCCGAGGCUGUCUACACCAGGGGCGGCCGGCAGCUGCAGCUGGCCAGGGCCCGGGGCGUGGACGCAGGCACUUACACCUGCAAGGCCAGCAACGCCGUGGGGGUCACGGACAAGACCACCAGGCUGGAGGUUUAUGUCCCUCCCACCAUCGAGGGCGCUGGAGGCGGACCUCGUGUGGUGAAGGCCUUGGCCGGGAGGCCCUUGGCGCUGGAGUGUGUGGCCAGAGGCCACCCGCCCCCCACCCUCUCCUGGCACCACGAGGGGCUGCCUGUGGCCGAGAGCAACGAGACGUGGCUGGAGGCGGGAGGCGGCGUGCUGAGCCUGGAGGGCGUGGGGGAGGCGUCCGGAGGCCUGUACAGUUGCGUGGCCAGCAGCCCCGCCGGGGAGGCCGUGCUGCAGUACUCCGUGGAAGUGCAGGUUCCCCCACAGCUCCUGGUGGCCGAAGGCUUGGGCCAGGUGACCGCCCUCACGGGACAGCCGCUGGAACUCCCCUGCCGGGCCUCAGGCUCCCCGGCGCCCACCCUCCAGUGGCUGCAGAACGGCCGCCCGGCCGAGGAGCUGGCUGGGGCGCAGGUGGCCUCAGGGGGGACCUCGCUGCACAUCAAGCAUGUGGAGCUGGGCCACGCGGGCCUCUUUGCUUGCCAGGCCACCAACGAGGCGGGCACUGCUGGGGCUGAGGUGGAGUUGUCCGUGCACGAGCUCCCACUGGUGGCCAUCGUCGGGGGCGACAAUAUCACGGUGUCUUUCCUGCAGCCUGUGACCCUCCAGUGUGUGGGGACUGGGGUGCCCACCCCAAGUCUCCACUGGUGGAAGGAUGGGGUGGCCCUGGCAGCCUUGGGGGGGGAGCUGCAGAUCGAGAAGGUAGACCUGAGGGAUGAAGGCGUCUACACUUGUACUGCCACCAACGUGGCUGGGGAGAGCAAAAAGGACGUGGUCCUCAAGGUUUUGGUGCCCCCCAACAUCGAGCCGGGCCUGCUGAACAAGGCAGUGCUGGAAAACGCCUCAGUCACCUUGGAGUGUCUGGCCUCGGGUGUGCCCCCUCCCGAUAUCUCCUGGUUCAAGGGCCGCCAGCCGCUGUCAGCACGGAAGGGAGUGACGGUAUCAGCUGAUGGCAGAGUUCUCCACAUUGAGCAGGCACGAUUUUCUGAUGCUGGGAGCUACCGCUGUGUGGCAGCCAAUGUGGCAGGGAGCACAGAGCUGCAGUAUGGGCUACGGGUCAAUGUGCCUCCACGCAUCACCCGGCCGCCCAGCCUGCCAGGCCCCGUGCUGCUCAACGCCCCGGUCCGGCUGACCUGUGACGCCACCGGAGCCCCUAGCCCCACGCUGAUGUGGCUCAAGGAUGGAAACCCCGUGUCUACCUCAGGGGCCUCCGGCCUCCAGGUCUUCCCCGGGGGCCGGGUCCUCUCCCUGGCCAGCGCCCGGGCCUCCGACUCCGGCAGCUACUCGUGCGUGGCGGUGAGCGCGGUGGGGGAGGACCGCCAAGACGCCGUCCUGUCCGUCCACAUGCCCCCCAGCAUCCUCGGCGAAGAGGUGAACGUGUCCGUCGUGGCCAACGAGUCCGUGGCCCUGGAGUGCCGGGGCCAAGCCGUGCCCCCGCCCGUGCUCACCUGGAGGAAGGACGGCCGCCCCCUGGAGCCGCGGCCCGGCGUCCACCUCUCCGCAGACAAGGCGCGGCUGGAGGUGAGCAGAGCGGAGGUGGAGGACGCCGGCCGCUAUACCUGUGAGGCGCUGAACCAGGCGGGCCGCUCGGAGAAGCACUACAACCUGAAUGUCUGGGUGCCUCCCGUGUUCCCCUCAAGGGAGCCCCGCACCCUGACCGUGACCGAGGGGCACCCCGCCAGGCUGUCCUGUGAAUGUCGGGGCGUCCCCUUCCCUAAGAUCUCCUGGAGGAAGGACGGUCAGCCCUUGCCGGGGGAGGGGAACAGCCUCGAGCAGGUGUUGGCUGCGGGGCGGCUGCUGUACCUGGGACAGGCCCAGCCGGCCCAGGAGGGAACGUACACCUGUGAGUGCAGCAACGUGGCGGGGAGUAGCAGUCAGCACCAGCUGCUGGAGGUGCAUGUGCCGCCUCAGAUCGCUGGUCCCCGGGAGCCCCACACACAGGUCUCUGUGGUCCGGGACGGGGAGGCCACCCUGUGGUGCAACGUCACAGGGAAGCCCCCGCCCAGGGUGACGUGGGAGCGGGGCGGCCAGCCGCUGAGGGCCGCGCCUGGCCUGCUGCUGCAGAACCAAGGCCGGCGCCUGCGCGUGGAGCGGGCACAGGCUGCCCACAGCGGGCGCUACAGCUGCGUGGCCGAGAACGUGGCCGGAAGGGCCGAGAGGAGCUUCGCGCUCUCGGUGCUGGUGCCCCCAGAGUUCACUGGAGACUUGGACCCACAGACCAACGUCUCUGCUGCCCUGCACAGCCCCUUGACGCUGCUCUGUGAAGCCACAGGCGUCCCCCCGCCACGGGUCCGCUGGUUCCGAGGGGAGGAGCCCAUCAUCCCCGGGGAGGACACCUACCUCUUGGCAGGGGGCCGGAUGCUGAAGGUGGCCCGGGCCCAGGAGCAAGACAGAGGUCUCUACUCGUGCCUAGCGAGCAACGAGGCUGGAGAGGUUCGGAGGAACUUCAGUGUGGAGGUCCUGGUUCCUCCCAGAAUUGAGAACGAGGACCUGGAGGUGGCAGUCAGGGUCCCCGAGGGGCAGACAGCCCACCUGACGUGCAACGCCACAGGCCACCCGCAGCCCAAGGUCACGUGGUUCAAAGAUGGCCGGCCGCUGGCGGGGGGAGACGCCUACCGCGCCUCUCCAGACGGAGCCCUCCUGCGGGUCGUCCGGGCCAACCUGUCGAGUUCUGGCCACUACUCCUGCAUCGCCGCAAAUGCCGUCGGGGAGAGGACCAAACACUUCCAGCUUAGCGUCCUGGUGGCUCCCAGCAUCCUGGGAGUGGCCGAGGACAGUGCGGACCAGGAGGUGACAGUGACCAUCAACAACCCCAUUUCUCUGAUCUGUGAGACGCUGGCCUUCCCCUCCCCCACCAUCACCUGGAUGAAGGACGGCGCCCCCUUUGAGGCCUCCAACAACAUUCAGCUGCUCCCAGGCACCCGCGGGCUACAGAUCCUGAAUGCCCAGAAGGAAGACGCGGGCCAGUACACCUGCGUGGUCACCAAUGAACUUGGGGAGGCCAUGAAGAACUACCACGUGGAGGUGCUCAUCCCUCCUUCCAUCUCCAAAGACGACCCCUCGGGGGAGGCCGGUGUGAAGGAAGUGAAGACCAAGGUCAACAGCACCUUGACCCUGGAGUGUGAGUGCCAGGGCGUGCCCCCGCCCACCAUCAGCUGGUACAAGGACGGACGGCCCGUGACCCCCAACCAGCGGCUCCACAUCCUGGGCGAAGGCCGGCUGCUCCAGAUCCAGCCCACGCAGGUCUCCGAUUCAGGAAGAUACCUGUGUGUGGCCACCAACGUGGCAGGCGAGGAUGACCAGGACUUCAAUGUGCUCAUCCAGGUGCCCCCCAUGUUCCAGAAGCUGGGCGACGCCGGUGAGGACUUGGAGACCCUGUCCAGGGAAGAAGAGGUCCGCGGUGGGGUGACCGAGUUCCGAGAGGUUGUGGAGGACAGCCCCGCCUAUCUGUACUGUGACACCAAUGCCAUCCCUCCCCCGGAGCUCAGCUGGUACAGAGACGGCCAGCCCCUCUCGGCUGGAGACGGGGUGUCCGUUCUGCAAGGAGGUCAAGUCCUGCAGAUCCCCCUGGUGCGUGCAGAGGAUGCCGGGACGUACUCGUGCAAGGCCUCCAACGAGGUGGGCGAGGACUGGCUGCACUACCAGCUGUUCGUGCUGACCCCCCCUGUGAUCCUGGGUGACACGGAGGAGCUCGUGGAGGAGGUCACGGUCAACGCCAGCAGCACCGUCAGCCUCCAGUGCCCGGCCCUGGGCAACCCUGUGCCCACUGUCUCGUGGCUCCAGAACGGGCUGCCUUUCUCCCCGAGCCCACGGCUGCAGGUCCUGGAGGACGGACAAGUCUUGCAGGUGUCCACGGCAGAGGUGGCCGAUGCCGCCAGUUACAUGUGUGUGGCCGAGAACCCAGCAGGCUCCUCAGAGAAGCUUUUCACCCUCAGGGUGCAAGCCCCCCCACGAAUCACAGGCCCAAACUUGGAGCAGGUCACGGCCAUCGUCAACAGCAGCGUUGCCCUGUCCUGUGAGGUCCAUGCUCACCCGAGCCCUGAGGUCAUGUGGUAUCGAGACAGCCAGGCCCUCUCUCUGGGAAAAGAGGUCUUCCUCCGGCCUGGCACCCACACCCUGCAGCUGGCCAGGACACAGCCGUCAGACUCCGGGAUGUACACGUGUGAGGCCCUCAAUGCCGCCGGCCGAGACCGGAAGCUGGUGCAGCUUAGCGUGCUGGUGCCCCCCACCUUCAGGCAGGCUCCCAGCGGCCCCCAGGAUGCGAUCCUGGUCCAGGCUGGGGACACAGCCGUCCUGAGCUGCGAGACCGACUCGCUCCCUGAGCCGACCGUGACGUGGCUUAAAGACGGGCAGCCCCUGGUCCCGGCGCAGCGCACCCAGGCUCUGCUGGGUGGGCAGAGGCUGGAGAUCCAGGACACCCAGGUACUGGAUAAAGGUGUAUACAGCUGUAAAGUCAGCAAUACCGCCGGGGAAGCCAUGCGGACCUUUGUCCUCACCGUCCAGGUGCCCCCAACAUUUGAGAACCCCAAGACAGAGAGGGUGAGCCAGGUGGCCGGGAGCCCCCUGGUCCUGAACUGUGAUGUGACCGGGGUCCCUCCACCUACUGUCACCUGGCUGAAGGACAGAAUGCCUGUUGAGAGCAGCGUGGUGCACGGCGUGGUCUCCCGGGGGGGCCGCCUCCAGCUGAGUCGCCUGCAGCCCGCCCAGGCCGGCACUUAUACGUGCGUGGCGGAGAACAGCCAGGCCGAGGCCCGCAAGGACUUCGUGGUGGCCGUGCUGGUGCCCCCCCGCAUCCGGAGCUCGGGCGCCACGCAGGAGCACAGUGUCCUGGAGGGGCAGGAGGUGCGGCUGGACUGUGAGGCGGACGGGCAGCCCCCACCCGAGGUGGCCUGGCUGAAGGAUGGUGGCCCGCUGGGCCAGGGCGUGAGCCCCCACCUCCGGUUCUACCUGGACGGCGGUACCCUGGUGCUGAAGGGACUGCGGGCCGAGGACUCGGGCGCCUACACCUGCGUGGCCCACAGCGCUGCCGGGGAGGACGCCAGGCUGCACACAGUGAGCGUGCUGGUUCCUCCCACCAUCGAGCAGUGGGCAGAGGGCUCGGGGAGCCUGGUGAGCAGGCCUGGGGAGCUGGUGACCAUGGCGUGCCCCGUCCGGGGCUCAGCGCCCAUCCAAGUCAGCUGGCUCAAGGACUGCCUGCCCCUCCCGCUGUCCCAGCGCACUCGCCUCCACAGCUCCGGCCGCACCCUCAGGAUUUCCCAGGUGCAGUUGGCAGAUUCUGGAACCUUCACCUGUGUGGCUGCAAGCCCUGCUGGUGUGACCAACAGGAACUUCACCUUACAGGUGCACGUGCCCCCUGUCUUGGAGCCGGUGGAGUUCCAGAAUGACGUGGUGGUGGUCCGGGGCUCCUCGGUGGUGCUCCCCUGUGAAGCCCGGGGAAGCCCUCUGCCCCUGGUGUCGUGGAUGAAGGAUGGGGAGCCCCUGUUGCCCCCGGGCCUCGAAUGGGGGCCCGGCCUGCAGCUGGAGGCAGCCGGAGCUGGGGAAUCGGGCACCUACUCCUGUGUGGCCGUGAGCGAGGCGGGGGAGGCCAGGAGGCAUUUCCAGCUGACGGUGAUGGAUCCCCCCCACAUCGAGGACUCGGGCCAGCCCGCAGAGCUGUUGCUGACCCUCGGCGCCCCCUUGGAGCUCCGCUGCGAUGCCCAGGGCACCCCGCAGCCCAACAUCACCUGGCAUAAGGACGGGCAGGCCCUGGGCAGGCCUGAGGACGGCAGCAGGGUGCUCCGGUUGCUCAUGGUGCUCCAUCCCCAGGUGGGCGAUGCUGGGCUGUACACCUGCCUGGCCCAGAGCCCCGCUGGCCAAGUGGAGAAGAGCUUCCGGGUCAGGGUUCAAGGCCCCCCUCACGUUAUAGGGCCCCGAGGCCCCCGCUCUGUGGUUGGCCUGGCUCCUGGGCAGCUGGUUCUGGAAUGUUCCGUGGAGGCGGAGCCAGCACCGCAGAUUGAGUGGCACCGAGAUGGCAUCGUGCUGCAGGCGGACGCCCACACCCAGUUCCCAGAACAGGGACGGUUCCUCCGGCUGCAGGCCCUGAGCACGGCCGACGGGGGCGACUACAGCUGCACGGCCCGCAACGCCGCGGGCAGCACCAGCCUGGCCUUCCGCGUGGAGAUCCACAUGGUGCCCACCAUCCAGCCAGGACCGCCCGCCGUGAACGCCUCCGUGAACCAGACGGCCACGCUGCCCUGCCGGGUGGACGGCGCGCCCCCGCCCCUCGUGAGCUGGCGGAAGGACGGGGUCCCCCUGGAUCCUGACAGCCCCAGGCUACAGGUUCUGCCCGAAGGUUCCCUGAGGAUCCAGCCAGUCCUUGCCCAGGACGCCGGCCACUACCUCUGCUUCGCAUCCAACUCUGCAGGCUCAGAUCGGCAAGGCCGCGACCUCCAGGUCUUCGAGCCUCCUGCCAUCGCCCCCAGCCCCUCCAACCUGACCUUGACCGCCCACAGCCCUGCCUCACUGCCCUGUGAGGCCAGCGGCUCCCCCAAGCCCCGCGUGGUCUGGUGGAAGGACGGACGGAAGCUGGAUUUCCACCUGCAGCAGGGCACCUACCGGCUCCUGCCCUCCAACGCCCUGCUCCUGGCAGCCCCCGGCCCCCAGGACUCGGCCCAGUUUGAGUGCGUGGUGAGCAACGAGGUAGGCGAGGCCCGCAGACUUUACCAGGUGACCGUUCACGUGCCUCCCACCAUUGCCGACGACCAGACCGACUUCACCGUGACCAAGAUGGCACCCGUGGUCCUCACGUGCCACAGCACGGGAGUCCCGGCCCCGGUCGUGUCCUGGAGUAAGGCGGGCGCCCAGCUGGGGAUACGGGGGAGUGGCUAUCGGGUCACGCCUUCGGGUGCCCUGGAGAUCGGGCAGGCCCUCCCCAUCCACGCCGGCCGCUACACCUGCACCGCCCGCAACCCCGUGGGCGUGGCCCACAAGCACGUGGUCCUCGCUGUGCGAGCGUCCCCCGUGGUGAACCCUCUGCCCAGCGUGGUCCGGGCACUGGCGGCCGAGGAGGUACUGCUGUCCUGCGCGGCCUCGGGCAUCCCGCGGCCCAGCAUCACCUGGCAGAAGGAGGGGCUCAGCAUCCCCGCAGGGGCGAGGACACAGGCCCUACCCGGGGGACAGCUGCGGAUUCUGCACGCCAGCCCGGAGGAUUCCGGAAACUAUUUUUGCAUUGCCCAGAAUAGCGCUGGCAGCGCCUUCGGGAAAACACGGCUGGUGGUGCAAGUCCCGCCCGUGAUCGAGACUGGCCUCUCUGACGUGUCCACCACCGAAGGCUCCCACACCCUCCUGCCCUGCUCGGCCAGCGGCAGCCCCGAGCCCACCAUCACCUGGGAAAAAGAUGGCCAGCCUGUGUCCGGAGCCGAGGGGAAGUUCACCCUCCAGCCUUCUGGGGAGCUGCUGGUGAAGAACUUGGAGGGCCAGGAUGCCGGAACUUACACGUGCGUGGCCGAGAACACGGUGGGCCGCGCCCACCGCCGCGUGCACCUCACCAUCCUGGCGCUGCCUGUCUUCACCACCCUGCCCGGGGACCGCAGCCUACGCGUCGGGGACAGGCUGUGGCUUCGCUGUGCGGCCCGGGGCAGCCCGACCCCCCGCAUCGGCUGGACCGUCAACGACCGACCUGUCACAGAGGGGGUGUCUGACCAGGACGGGGGCAGCACACUGCAGCGAGUGGCAGUCACCAGAGAGGACAGUGGGACCUAUGUCUGCUGGGCCGAGAACAGAGUGGGCCGCGUGCAGGUCGUCAGCUUCGUCCACGUGAAGGAAGCUCCCGUCCUGCAAGGGGAGGCCUUCUCCUACGUGGUGGAGCCUCUGGGGGCCAGCGUCCAGCUGGACUGCGUGGUCCAUGGAGCCCCGGCGCCCGACAUCCGCUGGAUCAAAGAUGGCCUUCCGCUCCGGGGCACCCGUCCCCGGCACCAGCUACAGAACGGCUCGCUGACCAUCCGCAGGACCGAGACGGACGACGCGGGCCGGUACCAGUGCCUGGCGGAGAAUGAGAUUGGCGCAGUGGAGAAAGUGGUGAUCCUCGUGCUGCAGAGUGCGCCGGUGUUCCGGGUGGAGCCCCGGGGCGUGACGGCCAGAUCCGGGGACGACGUGACCCUGCAGUGCCAGGCCUCAGGGGAGCCGGCGCCCACCGUGGAGUGGCUGCGUGCGGGCCAGCCCUUGCGGCCGGGCGGGCGGCUCCAGACCCUGCCGGACGGGGGCCUGUGGCUGCAGCAAGUGGAGCCCCGGGACGCGGGCACCUAUGAGUGCGUCGCUCACAACCUCCUGGGCUCCGCCACGGCCCGAGCCGUCCUGGCCGUGAGAGGGGAGCCCCGUGGAAGCUGGGGCAGCAUGUCCGGGGUGAUCAACGGCCAGGAGUUUGCCAUGGCCACCCUCAACACCAGCGCGCAUCAGGAGGCACGAUCCGGGGUCGCCACCAUCCGCAGCAGCAUCAGCCACAUCCCUGCUAGUGUGGGGCCCCUGAUGCGCGUGCUCUUGGUCACCAUCGCCCCCGUCUACUGGGCCCUGGCUGGAGAGAGUGGAGAUGCCCUGAAUGGCCACUCUCUGACGGGCGGCAGCUUCCUGCAGAAGUCGCACGUGGAGUUUGCCACAGGGGAGCGGCUCAUGGUGGCCCAGGAGGCCAGGGGCCUGGAUCCCGAUGGCCUCCUGCUCCUGGACGUGGUGGUCAGUGGCGGCGUCCCCAAGAGCCUGGCUGAUGCGGACCUUCAAGUGCAGGACUUUGAGGAGCAAUACGUGCAGAUGGGGCCCGGCCUGCUCUUCGUGGGCUCCACGCAGCGCUUCCUGCAGGACAGCCAUCCCGCGUCCCUGCGCUGCAACCACAGCAUCCAGUACGAUGCGGCCCGGGGCCUCCAGCCCCAGCUGGUGCAGCACCUGCGGGCCUCGGCUAUCAGCUCGGCCUUCGACCCCGAGGCCGAGGCCCUGCACUUCCAGCUAACCGCAGCCCUGCAAGCCGAAGAGAAUGAAGCCGGCUGCCCCGAGGGCUUCGAGCUGGACACGCAGGGAGAGUUUUGUGUGGACAGGGACGAAUGUUCGGACGGCCUCAGCCCCUGUUCUCACACCUGCCACAACGCACCCGGCCGCUUCUCCUGCUCCUGUCCGCCCGGCUUUGCCCUGGCCAGGGACGACGGGGACUGCAGAGAUGUGGAUGAAUGCGCAUGGGGUGCUGACCUUUGCCGGCAGGGACAGCGCUGCGUGAACCUCUUCGGGUCAUACCACUGCCUCCCCGACUGCAGACCUGGCUUCCGGGUGGCCGCUCACGGGGCUGGCUGUGAAGAUGUAGACGAGUGCCGGGAGCGGUCGGACGAGUGUCGCUACAACCAGAUCUGUGAGAACAGCCCAGGCGGCCACCACUGCAGCUGCCCCCGAGGGUACCGGCUCCAGGGCCCCGGGCUGCCCUGCCUAGAUAUCAACGAGUGCCUGCAGCUCCCCCGGACCUGUGCCCACCAGUGCCAGAACCUCCAAGGUGGCUACCGCUGCCUGUGCCCGCCGGGCCAGACCCUCCUCCAGGACGGCAAGACCUGCACCCCGCUCCAGCACAGGGAACAAAACGUGACCACCGUCGGCCACCGGGGCCCCUUAGCGCCCUGGCUGCGGCCUCGUAUCCCGAACCCCAGGGGCUCUUACCAGGCCUGGGUCGCCCUCCAGCCGGGCCCCGGGGCCCUGAGCAGUCUGGGCCGGGCCUGGUGCCCUGCUGGCUUCAUCCGGCAGAAUGGCGUCUGCACAGACCUAGACGAGUGCCGGGUGAGGAACUCUUGCCAACACGCCUGCCUGAACACCGAGGGCAGCUACCGGUGCCUCUGCCCCGAGGGCUACCGCCUCCUCCCCAGCGGGAGAAACUGCCAGGACAUCAAUGAGUGCGAGGAGAACGACAUCGAGUGUGGGCCCAGCCAGAUGUGCUUUAACACCCGCGGCAGCUACCAGUGCGUGGACACGCCGUGUCCGGCCACCUACCGGCAGGGCUCCAGCCCAGGGACGUGCUUCCGACGCUGCUCGCAGGACUGCAGCGCCGGCGGCCCCUCCAUGCUGCAGUACAAGCUGCUGCCGCUGCCCCUGGGCGUGCGCGCCCACCACGACGUGGCCCGCCUCGCCGCCUUCUCCGAGGCCGGCGUCCCCGCCAACCGCACGGAGCUCAGCGUGCUCGAGCCAGACCCGCGCAGCCCCUUCGCCCUGCGCGCGCUGCGCGCCGGCCACGGCGCCGUCUACACCCGCCGCGCGCUCACCCGCGCCGGCCUCUAUCGGCUCACCGUGCGCGCCUCCGCGCCGCGCCACCAGAGCCUCUUCGUCCUGCUCAUCGCCGUGUCCCCCUAUCCCUACUGAGGGGAGUGGUCAAAGGCCGCGGCUUUGGGGCCACUGACCUCCAGGGACGGGGGACAGGGAGAAGCCGGCCCAGCCCCCACCGCCAGGGUGGCCCUUGCCCUCACCACCUGCUGUGGCAAGCAGACCGCCCUCCACCCUUGUGCGUCAUUGAGCCCUUCGGCAAACAAGGUCCUGCGCGCAGCCUUGACCCCAGGACAUCAAGGACCCCGAUCUCCCCCCACCCCCGCGGAGGUGGAGCUCAAGAUCCUUAGGUGGUGAAGCCCGCUGUCUGACCAAGCCAGGUGUGCCCCAGUCUACAGGGAUACGUGGGCUGGGACACAGCACACCAGGAGGCCCCAGGGGAGGGACAGACCCCUAGGGGGAGGGCAGCAGCAACUGUCCUCAGCCCACAGCGCUGUCAUCCUGAACCCCCUGUGUGUGCGUGUGAUAUAAAAACAUUUCCUUCUAACCAA